AUGGCACGGACAAUGGCACAACUGAUAGGGGAUAUCAAGAUAUCUAUUGGCGAACUCCAAGCAAAAAUGAAGGAAGCCUUCGAAAUUCAGCAGACAUUCCAUGUCCAGAUGGGGAAAAGCAUGGUGGCUAUGCAUAAAGAGACCUUGACACUCAAUGAACAAUCAAUGAAGCGUAUUGAAGCUUCAAUGUCCCUACGGAACAGUACCAACAGCAUGGAAUCACUCAUCAGUACGGAACCUAGAAAUGACCGACCAGUAUACGUAUCUCCACCCCCAGCCAUUCCAAGAUUUAAGGGCGAUGGCAGCAAACAUCCUGUAAAAUUUAUAGAAGAACUUGAAACAUAUAUCCGAAAAUUGGAAAUCCCUUAUAACAAACAAUUAGAUACCGUCUACGACGCACUCAGUGGAAAUGCUGAAGACUGGUCAACUAUAUACAAAUUAUCUUGGAUGAACUUUGGUGACUUUAAGGAAGAUUUCCUCGAUAGUUACUGGUCCGAUAUCGAACAGAACAAAGUCCGACACCAGAUCAGCUCACACAAAUGGAUCACUAAUAAUCGAUAUUCGAUGGAAAACCAUUUUGCAAAAUAUGUUGGUUUGGCUCGACUUCUAACGAAACCAAUUCCCGAGGAUGUUUUACUGUCGGAAAUAAUGAGACAUUUUCCAAAGCACAUUCAAUCCCUAUGGAUGUUAAAAGAGAAUAGAACGAUCGCCAAAGCUGCACAGUUCCUCCGCCACCAAGACAAUAUUUCCGCUGCAGGUUCAAGCAGAUACGAGACAGGUUAUUUUUCUGGAAACCCGAACCCAUAUAAGAAAAUCAGAACCGAAACAAACACUGAUAUUGCCAAUCGUCAGAGCAAUAAUGUGUCGGGAAACGGACCAAGGUCGAACUAA